UGCAUCAAAGUAAAGUUGAUAGAUUCUAAACAUUUUUCAUUAAUGAAGAAAGUAAGAUAAAUUUUGAGAAUUUUUAUGCCUGCCUCCAAAUGUAUUUUGCCUAUAUAUAGCUUGGCUACUUAGUGAUCUAUUCAUCAUCAUUUUGCAACAAAUAUAUGCUUGCAAAAACACUAGCUAGCAUUUCAUUCCAUACCUUCAUUCUGCUAUAUCUCUCUUGUGUUCUUCUCUUUAGCUACUUGCUUUGAUAAGAAGGAUUGAGAUGCCAAGACCAAGAGAUCCAUUGGUAGUAGGAAGGGUAGUGGGGGAUGUAUUAGACCCCUUUAAUAGAUCAAUAGCAAUCAGGAUAUCGUAUACUUCAAAGGACGUUACCAAUGGCUGUGAAUUUAAGCCUUCCGCUGUUGCUAGUCAACCUAGAGUUGAAAUUGGUGGUGAUGACAUGAGGACCUUUUACACUCUGGUUAUGGUAGACCCUGAUGCACCUAGCCCUAGUGAUCCUAGUUUAAGAGAAUAUUUGCACUGGUUGGUUACUGAUAUCCCGGGAACAACAGGAGCAACUUAUGGACAAGAGAUCGUAACAUACGAAGCACCUAGACCAACUGUGGGGAUUCACCGAUUUGUUUACGUGUUGUUCCGUCAACUUGGUCGUCAAACUGUGUAUGCUCCAGGGUGGCGUCAAAAUUUCAACACACGAGAUUUUGCUGAAAUCCACAAUCUCGGACUGCCUGUUGCUGCUGUAUACUUCAACUGCCAGAGGGAGAGUGGCUCUGGAGGCAGAAGAAGAUAAGAAUAUAUCUCCUAAAUGCAUCAUGAAAUAAAGUAAGAUAUCUUACCAAGAAGGUUAAGAAUGGCACUAGUAUUAUAUAUACUACUAUUUCUAUAUAGAUUGAUCAAAAUAUUAAUUCUACUAUGUAUACCCAACAACUGCUUAGCGCAAUUCGUUAGAACUCAUCUCAUGACAAGGUUGUGGUUCCAAAUCUCCAUGGAAAUCUGCUCCUUUGAAGGAUGAUGUACAAUCUAAGUUUUGUUCUCAUAGUUGGCAUGGUGUUUCUUUAAUUUUCAAUUCCGAUGUUGCUUGCUAGUGAUGAUUGCAUUGUAUCGUUUAAUUUUACACAUCCUCUCUCCAUAUGUCUCUGUGUGGGGGGUUUUGUGUUCUUCUAUAUUGAAGUGUCUUUUACUUGUGUUU